UCUGCGGCGUUUUUAAAUCGGAAGUACUGCCUCAAACUAAGUGACUUACCAAGGAGAAUUAAACAUUGCUGCUAAGCGCCGAUUACGUCGAUAAAGCGGUUUAAAACUCCAUUACAGAAAUAGGCGAACUUUGGUAGCCUACAGUUGAUCAACGUCCAACUUAACAGCUACGACUGCUGCCAUGCAUUUUAGCGCGGUGCACGCGGCGCUGGCGGGUUUGAGAGAAUGUCGGACGGGCAUCGAUAUUGGGAUGGACAUGGUGACAGAUAUAGCUAUGGAUCUGGUGGAUGCUCCGGAGGGAGAGGACCGCCAAGGCAUCAAGAAAAUGGAGGCCAUGAUGGUGGAGUUUGCCAAACUGGACAGAGAGAUCAACACCUUUGUUGACACGGUUGAACAGGCCAUAGCAGAGGUUCAUCAGCAGCCCCCAGAAGCCAUAUGCCAACUCUCAGCCAGGGUGAAGGAAGACUUUGCAGAGAAAGUUGACGUGCUUUCUGAUGCUGAGCUGCUGCAACAUAAGAAAGUUUUGGCCUUGAAGGAUGUCAUAGAGAGCUCUUCUAGCCAGGAGUCAGCAGUUAAUGGGGAGGAGGUCGAUGAGGACAUUACUGUGACACAAAGCCAAGUCAAUUUCAACUGCCCAUUGACACAGAUGGAAAUGGUGAAUCCAGUCAAGAAUAAGAAGUGCAACCACCACUAUGAUGAAACAUCGAUACUGAGUCUGAUCAAAGCAAGAAAGAGGCAGCAAAAGAAAUGCAGCUGUCCCGUGGUGGGUUGUGUGAACAGAGACGUUAAAAAGUCAGACCUGGUGCUGGAUCCGAUUGUGAAGAGAAUGAUCCAGAACCAAAAAGGACGUGGCAACAAGAAGUAGCACUGUACAUUGUUUUGGACAGGAUCACCCAUCGACACAUUCCUCUUCAGGUUGCACUUUGGUCGGUAGUAAUUAAAACAGGUGAAACUGUUGUUUAGAUGAUUGUGUGUUGUGGUUCUCCAUCAGGUCCUCAGGCUCAAUCCAUACUGCUAGUUUCUAUUCUGCCGGGUAGUUCGUUAUGUUCACCUGAUGCUCCAGUUAUUCCAGCUUCCAGUCAGGGGAGGUUUUAGAUCUGUAACAACAGGUGAAUGCAAUGAACUAUCUGGCAGGAUAGAAAAGCGUCAGUUCUGGUGGUACGGCGAGGACCUAACUGACAACCACUGGUUUAAUGGCAACGUUUUGAGCCAGAUCGAUUGCAUCAGCUGUGUUAUGAAGCUGAUGAUCUGUGCUCCUUUAGGUUCAUUGUGGAAAAUUCACAUAGUGUUUAUUUUUAUUUUGUUUGCACCUUUUUUUCAGUGAACUUAUUGAAAAGUCUGUUGUUGAUUUGAUGGAUUUUGAUAUUUUCUGUUGUUUAUAUGUCAAUAUGUUAAUACGUUGGUGCCUUUCGUAUACUUUCAUACCGC